AUGGCUCUGGUCCUGCUGUUCCUCUUGCUCAAUAUCCUGGGGCAAUUUGGGUUGGCUGCCCUGGUUAAUCAGACCAUCGAUGAUUACUUUGGUGAUCCAAUUUCUGGCACAUUUCCAAUCUAUUCCCCUGCAAAUAUGUGGCAGCAGGGCAAUGGCUGUACCACAUGUCUAGUUCGGCCAGAUGUCUCGAUACCUUUUGACGGAACAUGGCAUGAUUCCACUUUUCUCAUCGGAGGCGCUACACGUUCUGUAUCAAUCACUUUCACAGGCUCUGCUGUUUACGCCUUCUUUAUCACCGCACCAUUAAUUCCAGGUGUCGGUAGUUCGCUCAUUGAAACCCACCUCAAUAUUACACUCGACGGGAAUCUCAGUGGCAAUUUUGAUUCUACCCCUAGCGGAAGUAACUACGGUUACAACCAGCUAGUGUAUGGGAAUGCAAGUUUAAACUACGGAAAACACACGUUGGUGAUAUCCAGCGGAGGCCCAAGCCGAUCUAUCUUGGAGUUCGACUAUGUUAUCUAUACCACUGACGAUGGGACAACCUCAUCCCUUACAGCCCCAGUUGGGUCACCAACUGGGAUAUCGACAAAGUCGUCAAACCCAUCCUCUGCUACCUCAUCACAGACUACUGUGCUUCCCAACGUGACCUCAUCCGCUACUGCAGCUCAUCAGCCUGCUCUGAUCGGAGCUAUCGUAGGGGGCGUUCUUGGCGGAGUCGCCGCCAUUGCGCUCGUCAUCAUCUUCGUAUAUUUCUGCUUCUACCGUAAUCGUGACCGCUCGACCGCCCACGAGGUCGAGGCAACGGAUCAGGCCAUUCCUGCAGGCCCUCAGACCCCCAGGACUUUGAUGGUCACACCCACUAUAAUAGACCCCUUCAUCAUCCCACCGAGUCAAGUCUCUUUCUCCGGAACUGCAGAAAAACAACGUCAUACUCCAAGCUCUACCCGAACAACGGUUGACCCUCGCCAAGUAGAGCUGAGUAGACGAAUGCAGGAGCUUCAGCGAGAAAUGGCCUUGCUACAGUCACAAAAUUCACCCUCCUCACAGCACCUUCCUUUGAGAACUGAGCAAGGGAAUGAUUGGAGGUCGAAUGUUGAGCUGCUUCGUGCUGAGGUUGAAAGGUUGAGGCUUGUGAUGCACUCGUCGCAAGGUUUGACAGAUCGGCCCCCACCAGACUACGUUUAUAGCUUUAGGGACGAAAUAACAUCAUUGGGGGCAAUUGAUGGAAAUGUGAAUACGACUCCGUCACGCACUCCUCUAGUACAUCAUGGACGACAUGUCCGCACGGAGACGGUUGCAGUCAAGAAGGCCAUCGAUACUUCCAACCGCGGCGAGGGCGAACUGAGAGGAGAAGCCGAGUUAAUUACAUUAUCGGGAAAAUAUGUCCCACAGGUAUUCCUGAGCGACGCGCUUGGUCUCAUCAAUUGUGACGGCGUCGACUGCGGACUCGAUCUGCUGGGGCGUGAACCUCCUGCCGCUGGUCGCAAGUUGCCUUCCAAUGUCCUCAGCAACAGCAGUGGUGCCAUCAGGACUGAGAAACCACAUCUGAAAUUUCACUUUGCGCCUUUGUCUGCCGUGGCUAUGUAA